AUAAAGCAGAAAAGUUUGGCGGAGAUCAAAAGCGUCGAUAGGCAAAUCAUUUUUAUAAGAAUACCACACGAUGGAAACCUCAAGCAAGGCAUUUGUUCCUAUUGAUGGAACAUUAAGUCGAGAAGAUGAGCUAGUAUCCCUCUUUGUCAGAAAGAUCGGAAUCUUAAAUACCAGAACUGGAAGAUGUACAUUACGACUCAGCUACAGAGAUCCAGUUGCUCUCAACUGGGCCACAUCAAACGAUGCUGGAGACUACAUAGUUAAGAAAUCAAAUAGUGAUGGGGUGAUAGCGACAGGAAGUUACAGUCAUAUGAUUGCAAGAAACAGCUUUAAACUCGCCGAUUUCAAGGAUGUUCAAAAUAAAUCUGACAGGAACAAUAACCAGCAUCAGAAACCGAGCGAGGACUUCUCUUUAAUCCAGAAUGGAUCGACAACUGUAGAAGAGGUCAGUAAUGGUAACCCAAGAAAGGAAUUAGACUUGGAGGCCCGAGCGGCAAGACAAAAACAGAUAGAGGACUUCUUUACUGAUCCCGUUGACCGGGAGAUGUUUCCAUUAAACCCCCCUGAAACCCAAUCAACUCGUACUUACCGACCUAUAGAGAUACCAACAGCUGAAGAGAGUAUUUCGACAAUGUUGGGAAAAUUCAGCGCAGCCUUGUGGGACAAAGACUUCAUGCGGGAGGUUUAUGAAUAUCGCCGUUUACCGAGGCCACCAGCCCGAGGACUGGCACCACUAUCCUAUGAAUGGCUGACACUAAACACUUACUCUGGACUGAUGCAAUCCAUAGAACAAGAGACUCCCGGGGACUCGCAGGAAAAAGCGGGUAUCGUACAAACUCAGGAUACUGAAACUGUAGAUUUGAGUGAUCAAUUGCAAGGAAGUGAGGAAUUUGAUCUAUGCUCUAGAGAUCAGCAGAAGAGUGAACAUCGAACAUCUUGGUUUGUUCGACUAUUUUGUUGUGGCGCCACCUCCAGUCCAAAGAAAGUCAAACAAGAAAAGGAAACGAAAAGCAAAGGAUUCCUAUCCCAAGUCAGAAGAGUUUUUGGGAGAAAAUGAAGACUGACGACGAGGAAAAUCAUUUGCAUAGUCAUAGACUACUGUGUUCAAUCAACUUUUUCAUUGUAUAUGAUCU